AUGCUCACUCCCACUCCCACAUCUACCCUCCUCGCCACAAUCCUCCUCCUCCUCCUCCUCACACCCUCCACCCUCGCCCAAUCCCCCCCUCGCUACUACACCGUCUGGUCCAGCGUAAUCUUCCAACGCACCGGCGAACGCACCCCCGAAAUCAUCGGCGACUCCUCCCUCCCCAUCACUCUCACCUCAACCGGCGCAAACCAAGCCCAGUCCGCUGGCCAGUUCUUCCGAAACCGCUACAUUGGCACCGGAACCACGAACACGGGCGCCUCCAAUGGCACUAAUGGUGCAGGCAACUCGACUGCCCGGUUGGCAGGUUUAGACGCGGAUAUUUAUGAUGAACUCCAGAUGUAUGCAACGGCGCUGGAUCAGCAGUGGAAUGUGGCUACGGCGCAGGCGUGGUUUCAGGGCUUUUAUCCGCCGUUUGCGCCGGGGGCUAAUCGGAGUGCUGGGGCGGUUAUUGAGGGGGAGGAGGAUGUAUUGGCGGAUGGGAGCUAUGUUACGGGACCCUUGAAUGGAUAUCAGUAUCCGUAUAUUCAUGUUACUGGCGCCCUUGAUCCGAAUUUCAUAUACACGGGAGCGAACUGGAAUUGUCCGGCGUUUACGAGGCAGUCGAGAGAUUGGACGCUUACACCGCAGUAUAGUGUUACGGAAGAGGAGUUUGAGGGGAUAUAUGCUGCGACAGGAAGCGCUGUUUUGAGAGGUCUGGUACCGCCAGAAGCAUGGGGCUACAACAACGCCUACGCAGUCUACGACUACCUUCAAUACCAAAACGCCCACAACACCACCGUCCGCGACGCCCUCUCCACCCUCCGCGACGUCCGCACAAACACCUCCUACCUAACCCAACUCUCCUGGCUCGCAUCCCAACAACAAUACGCCAUGCUCGGCAACCUCGCCGCCCUGAACCCCUACACCGGCGCCUCCUCCCUCCAAACCGUCACCGGCAGCAUCUCCACGCUUCCCGGCAACAUGCUCGCCUCGAAAGUCCUAGCGCAGCUAGAAAACGCCAUCGCAAGCGCGGGAGCGCAGUUCAAGCUGAAUGUCUUGUUCGCGGACUUUUACCCCUUGAUGAGCUUCUUCGCUCUCGCGGGGCUGCCGGGGCUGAAUAGUAAUUUCUAUGGCAUUCCGGACUAUGCCGCAUCUGCUGUAUUCGAACUCUUUUCCUACGAGAACUCCACGAACGCGACGUAUCCCGGUGCGGAAAGUCUUUACGUCCGCUUCUCGUUUAGGAACGGCACGAGUGGUGUGGAGGAUGAGUUUAGGAGUUAUCCCAUCUUCGGCAGAGGGCCGGAUGCGACGGAGAUGCCGUGGGAGGAGUUUCAGACGCAGAUGGAGAGGAUUAGUUUUGGUGGGAAUGAGGUGGUACCGGAGUGGUGUAAUCAGUGCGGUUCGCCUAGUUUGUUCUGCGCAGCUUUCAAUUCUGACCUGACGGCCUCGGGCUCGCGACCUUAUCGAGGCUGGCGCGGUGGUUCAGAUGACGAUGAUGGGAUGGCUCCCGCUGUCGCCGGAGUGAUCGGUGCUAUCAUUGCCUUGGCUAUAGCAGGCAUUAUAUUCGGCAUGGCGAUGGUUCUGGGUGGUGUGAGAGUGAGGAGAGAUGGGAGUAAGAAGAGAAGUGAGCUGGGUGGCUUCAAGGGUGGGCAGAAAAUGGCGAGUGAUCAGGACUUGACGAUUCCGAAGGGGAAAGAUGGCGUGACGGUGGGCGCGAGUGUGGUGGACGCACCGAUGAGUCCGAGCGGUGGGCAUGAGAGGAUUGGAAGUUGGGAGAUGAAGAAUGCGGAGGCAGGACGUGGGUUGAGUGCUAGGCCGAGUAUGGAGCAGAGGGAGAAUCCAUUUCAUGAUCCGGAGGGGUUGAGGCCGGUGCAGAGUAGGGAGGUGGUUUGA